AUGACUUUGGUCUCCGUCCUCAUCUGGACUCUCCUCUGCUGCUGCUUCACAGAGUCCAGAGGCCAGGUCACAGUGACUCAGCCUGGAGCAGUGAGCUCUGAUCUGGGAGCCUCCGCCACCAUCACAUGUACCACCAGUCAGGAUGUUUAUGUUUAUAGCAGCAACCAUCGUUUAGCCUGGUACCAACAGAGAGAUGGAGAAACUCCUAAACUUCUCAUUUACUGGGCCACCAGACGAGAAUCAGGGAUUUCCAGUCGUUUUUCAGGCAGUGGAUCAAACUCUUUUUUCACUCUGACCAUCAGUGAUGUUCAGGCUGAAGAUGCAGCAGUUUAUUACUGUCAGAGUGUACAUUAUAUCAACAGUCAGUAUGUGUUCACACAAACAAGGGACAAGAGGAAGAGAAAAAGAGCGAGACGCAGAGGAGUCAAACUACGCCUGAGGAGACAGCAGCUCAGCCGGACCCCUCUGCCCUCUGUCAUCCUGGGAAACGUCCGCUCCCUGAGGAACAAGAUGGACGAACUCCAGGGGAACGCCAGGUUCCAGAAGGACUUCAGGAACUGCUGUGUGAUGGCCUUCACCGAGACGUGGCUGACGGAGCAGGACCAGGACGCCGACCUAUCAGUCGACGGAUUUGGAGCUCCGUUUUGUUUGGAUCGGGACUCGGAGGUAACGGGGAAGACCCAGGGAGGUGGAGUGUGUUUGUACGUCAACAAAUGGUACUGUAGCGCUGUGACUGUCAGAGAGAGGAUCUGCACACCAGGCGUAUAA